AUGAACGUCAAAUUGCUCGUGAGCAUAUGGCCAACAGUCGAUCCACGUUCAGAGAACUACGCCAAAAUGACAGAACUCGGUAUGCUGACUACGGUCGAUCGUGGUAUCAGAAUCGCAAUGGAUGUCAUGGGCAAUACAGUCUACGCAGACUUUACCAACCCAUCCACAAGCGAUUACGUCUGGGAUAUAGUCAAGAAGAAUUACUGGGACCUCGGUGCCCACGAGGCAGAACCCGAAUACUCAAAGUACGACUUCUCACAAUACCGCUACCACCUCGGCCCCAACCUUGCCAUCGGAAACAUCCAUCCUCUAAAAUACGCCCAAGCCUUCUGGGAAGGCCAGCAGAAAGCAGGCCAGAAAUCCGGCGAGAUCGUAAACCUGAUCCGCUGUGCCUGGGCAGGAAGCCAAAAAUUCGGCACUCUCGUCUGGUCCGGCGACAUCGCGUCGUCCUGGUCGAUUUUUCGCUCCCAGCUCGCAGCAGGCCUCAACAUGGGCAUGAGUGGGAUUCCCUAG